CUCCCCACACCCCCCUCCACCGCGCUCCGAAAGAUGGCGGACGCUUUCGGCGAUGAGCUCUUCAGCGUGUUCGAAGACGACUCGACGACCGCGGCCGGGACCAAAAAAGACAAGGAAAAAGAGAAGGCAAAAUGGAAGGGGCCGCCGGGCUCUGCGGAAAAGCCUGGAAAACGUGUUGAUGAUAAAUUGCAGUCAGAAUCAACUAAUGCUGGAAAAACCAAGAGAGAUGCAGAUUUUGAGAGCACAGAUGAACCCAUCUUUGGAAAGAAGCCCCGAGUAGAAGAGACAAUAACUGAAGAUAUAAGUUUGGCAGACUUGAUGCCCAGAGUCAAGGUGCAAUCUGUUGAAACUGUUGAAGGGUGCACACAUGAGGUUGCACUUCCUGCAGAUGAAGAUUAUUUACCUCUGAAACCCCGAGUUGGGAAAGCUGCGAAGGAAUACCCAUUCAUUCUUGAUGCUUUUCAAAGAGAAGCAAUUCAGUGUGUUGAUAAUAAUCAGUCUGUUUUGGUGUCUGCACAUACUUCAGCAGGAAAAACUGUAUGUGCUGAGUAUGCCAUUGCAUUGGCCUUAAGAGAAAAACAGCGUGUGAUAUUUACAAGUCCAAUUAAAGCUCUGAGUAACCAGAAGUAUCGUGAAAUGUAUGAAGAAUUUCAAGAUGUUGGUCUGAUGACUGGAGAUGUUACUAUUAAUCCUACAGCAUCUUGUCUUGUUAUGACCACAGAGAUUUUGAGAAGUAUGCUCUACAGAGGUUCUGAAGUUAUGCGAGAAGUUGCUUGGGUCAUAUUUGAUGAAAUUCAUUACAUGAGAGAUUCAGAACGUGGUGUAGUAUGGGAGGAAACUAUUAUUUUGCUUCCUGAUAAUGUCCACUAUGUCUUUCUUUCGGCUACUAUUCCGAAUGCUCGUCAGUUUGCUGAAUGGAUUUGCCAUUUACAUAAACAGCCUUGUCAUGUAAUCUACACAGAUUACAGGCCUACUCCAUUGCAACACUACAUUUUUCCAGCAGGGGGAGACGGCUUGCAUCUUGUGGUUGAUGAAAAUGGCGACUUCAGGGAGGAUAAUUUCAAUACUGCAAUGCAAGUACUUCGAGAUGCAGGUGAUUUGGCAAAAGGAGAUCAGAAGGGGCGGAAAGGAGGAACAAAAGGACCAUCAAACGUAUUCAAGAUUGUGAAGAUGAUUAUGGAAAGGAAUUUUCAACCGGUGAUUAUUUUCAGUUUUAGUAAGAAAGAUUGUGAAGCCUAUGCACUUCAAAUGACCAAAUUAGAUUUCAAUACAGAUGAGGAAAAGAAGAUGGUUGAAGAAGUAUUCAGUAAUGCAAUUGACUGCUUGUCUGACGAAGAUAAAAAGCUCCCUCAGGUUGAACAUGUACUUCCUCUUCUCAAGCGGGGAAUUGGUAUUCACCAUGGUGGUUUACUUCCUAUUUUGAAAGAAACUAUAGAAAUUCUCUUUUCUGAAGGAUUGAUAAAGGCCUUGUUUGCUACAGAGACUUUUGCUAUGGGCAUUAAUAUGCCAGCAAGAACUGUCUUAUUUACAAAUGCCCGAAAAUUUGAUGGAAAAGACUUCCGAUGGAUUUCCUCUGGUGAAUACAUUCAGAUGUCUGGCCGUGCUGGAAGGAGGGGAAUGGAUGAUAGAGGAAUUGUAAUUCUUAUGGUGGACGAAAAGAUGAGCCCAACGAUUGGAAAACAACUGCUUAAGGGCUCAGCUGAUCCUCUUAAUAGUGCUUUUCAUCUGACCUACAACAUGGUGUUGAACCUACUACGUGUAGAGGAAAUUAAUCCUGAGUACAUGUUGGAAAAGUCCUUUUAUCAAUUCCAGCAUUAUAGAGCAAUUCCAGGAGUGGUCGAGAAGGUAAAGAAUUCAGAAGAACAGUAUAAUAAAAUAGUAAUACCAAAUGAAGAAAGUGUGGUUAUCUAUUAUAAAAUUAGACAGCAGCUGGCCAAACUUGGUAAAGAAAUUGAAGAAUAUAUUCAUAAACCUAAAUACUGCUUACCAUUUCUGCAACCAGGUCGUCUGGUAAAGGUAAAGAAUGAAGGAGAUGAUUUUGGCUGGGGAGUAGUAGUAAAUUUCUCCAAAAAGUCAAAUGUUAAACCUAAUUCUGGUGAACUGGAUCCUCUAUAUGUAGUUGAAGUACUUCUGCGCUGUAGCAAAGAGAGUCUGAAAAAUUCAGCCACUGAGGCAGCAAAACCAGCUAAACCUGAUGAGAAAGGAGAAAUGCAGGUUGUUCCAGUUUUGGUACAUCUUCUGUCUGCUAUUAGCAGUGUUAGACUUUACAUUCCUAAAGACCUUCGACCAGUGGACAAUAGACAGAGUGUUCUAAAAUCAAUACAGGAAGUUCAAAAACGUUUUCCUGAUGGUGUUCCUUUAUUAGACCCUAUUGAUGAUAUGGGCAUUCAAGAUCAAGGACUGAAAAAAGUCAUUCAGAAAGUAGAAGCUUUUGAGCAUCGAAUGUAUUCUCACCCACUUCACAAUGAUCCAAAUUUAGAAACUGUAUAUACACUUUGUGAAAAAAAGGCACAGAUUGCAUUAGAUAUUAAAUCUGCAAAGCGAGAACUUAAGAAAGCAAGAACUGUUCUGCAAAUGGACGAACUGAAAUGUCGCAAACGUGUUUUAAGGAGAUUGGGAUUUGCUACUUCUUCUGAUGUCAUAGAGAUGAAAGGACGAGUGGCUUGUGAGAUUAGCAGUGCUGAUGAGCUCCUCCUAACUGAGAUGAUGUUUAAUGGCCUUUUUAAUGACCUGUCUGCUGAGCAGGCAACAGCACUACUCAGCUGUUUUGUGUUUCAAGAGAAUUCAAGUGAGAUGCCCAAAUUGACAGAGCAGUUAGCAGGACCACUUCGUCAAAUGCAGGAAUGUGCUAAAAGAAUUGCAAAAGUUUCAGCAGAAGCCAAAUUGGAAAUUGAUGAGGAAAGUUAUCUAAGCUCUUUUAAGCCUCACCUAAUGGAUGUAGUUUAUACUUGGGCAACAGGAGCUACUUUUGCUCAUAUCUGCAAAAUGACAGAUGUCUUUGAAGGUAGCAUAAUUCGUUGUAUGAGGCGCCUAGAAGAACUUCUUCGACAGAUGUGUCAAGCUGCAAAAGCUAUUGGGAACACUGAACUGGAAAAUAAAUUUGCAGAAGGAAUCACCAAAAUCAAGAGAGAUAUUGUGUUUGCUGCCAGCCUCUACUUGUAAAGAGUGACCUGAAGAAAAUUUAAAUUGUUUACCACCUGUCCGAUUAUUAUCAUCUGCAAACACGAGUAUUGAUUUCGUUGUUUCAAGACAAUUUUCCUCAAAUAUUUUUUUCCU